CUCCUCAGCUCGGGGCUCGUGCAGCAUCAGAGAUGUGAGCCGCGCGGGAAGCAGCAGCAGCUUCUUGCCUCGCGCUGCAGGAUGGCGGGAGGACGGCGGGGUCUCGUGGCCCCUCAGAACACUUUCCUGGAGAACAUCGUCCGCCGGUCCAACGACACUAACUUCGUGCUGGGGAACGCUCAGAUCGUGGACUGGCCGAUCGUCUAUAGCAACGAUGGCUUCUGCAAACUGUCCGGCUACCAUCGAGCCGAGGUGAUGCAGAAGAGCAGCACCUGCAGCUUCAUGUACGGAGAGCUGACGGACAAGGAGAUGAGCGAGAAGGUUCGACAGACCUUUGAGAACUACGAGAUGAACUCGUUUGAGAUUCUGAUGUACAAGAAGAACCGGAUGCCAGUUUGGUUUUUCGUGAAGAUCGCCCCAAUCAGAAACGAGCAGGACAAAGUCGUCCUGUUUCUCUGCACCUUCAGUGACAUCACCGCCUUCAAACAGCCAAUUGAGGACGACUCUUCAAAAGGUUGGGGUAAAUUCGCUCGUCUGACUCGUGCAUUGACCAGCAGUCGAGGAGUUCUUCAGCAGCUCGCUCCAGCAGUCCAUAAAGGAGAGAACGUCCACAAACACUCACGGCUGGCAGAGGUUCUCCAGCUGGGCUCAGACAUCUUGCCUCAGUACAAACAGGAAACUCCGAAGACGCCGCCGCACAUCAUCCUGCACUACUGCCUCUUCAAGACCACGUGGGACUGGGUCAUCCUCAUCCUGACGUUCUACACCGCCAUCAUGGUGCCCUACAACGUCUCCUUCAAGACCAAGCAGAACAACGUCACCUGGCUGGUGGUGGACAGCAUCGUGGACGUCAUCUUCCUCGUCGACAUCGUCCUCAACUUCCACACCACCUUUGUCGGCCCGGCUGGAGAAGUCAUCUCCGACCCAAAGCUCAUCCGCAUGAACUACGUCAAGACAUGGUUUGUCAUCGACCUGCUGUCCUGCCUGCCUUAUGAUGUCAUCAACGCCUUCGAGAACGUGGACGAGGGCAUCAGCAGUCUCUUCAGCUCUCUCAAAGUGGUCCGUCUUCUGCGUUUGGGUCGGGUCGCCCGGAAGCUGGACCACUACAUCGAGUACGGCGCCGCCGUGCUGGUUUUACUGGUGUGCGUGUUCGGCCUGGCGGCCCAUUGGCUGGCCUGCAUCUGGUACAGCAUCGGAGACUACGAGGUGAUCGACGAGGACACCAACAGCGUGAGGAUGGACAGCUGGCUGUUCCUGCUGGGAGAGACAGUCGGGACGCCGUACAGGUUCAAUGCCUCGGGCUCGGGCCGCUGGGAGGGCGGGCCCAGCAAAGACUCGGUCUACAUUACGUCACUGUACUUCACCAUGACCAGUCUGACCAGCAUCGGCUUCGGGAACAUCGCACCAAACACGGACGGAGAGAAGAUCUUCGCUGUGGCCAUGAUGAUGAUCGGAUCGCUGCUGUACGCCACCAUCUUCGGUAACGUCACCACCAUCUUCCAGCAGAUGUACGCCAACACCAACCGUUACCACGAGAUGCUCAACAGCGUACGAGACUUCCUCAAACUCUACCAGGUCCCGAAAGGCCUGAGCGAGCGGGUGAUGGACUACAUCGUGUCCACCUGGUCCAUGUCCAGAGGCAUCGACACCGACAAGGUGCUCCAGAUUUGUCCAAAGGACAUGCGGGCGGAUAUCUGCGUCCACCUCAACAGGAAGGUCUUUAAGGAACACCCGGCGUUUCGUCUGGCGAGCGACGGCUGCCUGCGAGCGCUCGCCAUGGAGUUCCAGACCGUCCACAGCGCGCCGGGCGACCUCAUCUACCACGCCGGAGAGAGCGUGGACAGCCUGUGCUUCGUGGUGUCGGGGUCACUCGAGGUCAUCCAGGACGACGAGGUGGUGGCCAUUUUAGGUAAAGGUGACGUGUUUGGUGACGUGUUCUGGAAGGAGAUGACGCUGGCUCAGUCCUGUGCUAACGUGCGAGCGUUGACGUACUGCGACCUCCACAUCAUCAAACGAGACGCGCUGCAGAAAGUUCUGGAGUUUUACUCCGCCUUCGCAAACCACUUCGCCAGAAACCUGCUUCUCACCUACAACCUGAGGAGGAGGAUUGUUUUCCGGAAGAUCAGUGAUGUAAAGCGUGAGGAGGAGGAGAUGUUGAAGAGGAAGAACGAGGCUCCUUUGAACCUCCCUCCAGAUCAUCCGGUCCGACGUCUCUUCCAGCGUUUCCGGCAGCAGAGGGAGGCACGGCUCGCCAUCGAGCGGGCCGAUCAGGGCGCCGGUGAUGUGGAGAAAGGUGUCGCUGGAACCCCGGAGCAGCCCAGAGGUCCAGAGGUGCUGGCCUCCACCAGUAUAGUCAUGAUGACUGAGAGCCAAGCCACGGCCACCACCUCCUCAGCAUUCACCGCAUCCUCUUGCCGGACCUCCAGCCGAGUCAUGCUCCAUGCUCCCGCCGCCACAAACGGAAACCUGAUCGGCUGCAAGUCUGCAGAGCCGCCCAAAGCUAAAGGCUGGGGACGAUUCAAGGAGUCGGUGGUGAAGGCCGAGUCGUGGAGCAGCGUCUCUAAGGCCGAGUCCAUGGAGACCCUGCCCGAUAGAACUAAGUCACAAGACGAGAUGUCCCUCAAGAAAACCGACUCCUGUGACAGCGGCAUCACAAAGAGCGACCUUCGUUUGGACAACGUUGGCGGCGCCAGAACGCCACAGGAGCAGAGUCCGGUCCAGUCCGACGAGAAGAGGGCGUUCUGUCCAAUACCGGAGCAGAGCAUGCAAGCCUCCUUCAUCGAGCUGAAGCAGGAGUUAAGAGGAGACAUCCGAUCUCUGAACAGUCGCAUGGCAGCACUGGAGGCUCAGCUGGCUGAGAUGCUGCAACUUCUCAAAUCCAGGAAGUCGUCUGGUUCCUUCUUCGAGAUCUCGCGGCCUCCUUCCCCCGACUCCGACAAGGACAGCAUCUCCUAAACUGGACACGGAGUCAGUCCUCAGGAACUGAACUCAACCGGUUCAGCCUUCAGACAUCAGAGAGAGCUUCUGACUGCAGUUUGAAUCUGUGUGGACGCCGGUCGAUGACACAAACACUUUGUUACGUUCGCAGCUUCGCUCUGCGAGACGUCGCGUUGACGUCAAACAUCAGAGACUAAAGAAAGAGUCGUGACCGUCAUGACGGCACCUUUGGUCCUCGGGGGGUUUCCACCUUCAGACCUUCAUGACAUCGGCAAUAAUAACAGAUGGCUUUAACGUUGUUGUUGUUUUAAAUCGGACUUUGGCACUGUGAUGAAGGAAAUGGUGUUCAAAGGGUUGAUCUGGUAUCUUUGGCCCAGUCUCAUGAGGUCUGGUUCACAAAGUCUGUUUAUCUGUUCAGAACCUUUGAGAUACCAAAGGGUCCAAUCUCAUUGGCUGCCAAUGAAACGACGGUUUACACACUCGAACAUGACAUCGUUUGUUUUUGUGUUGAACUGACCGCUGCGUGACAUCACGUCAGAGCUACACUUUGUGAUUGGUCAGUCAAAGGACGUUUAACCUGGAGGCUGAUGAACUCGUUAAAGCGCGUUGUGGACCAGACUUCCAGUGGUUUGGUGCCAUUUUUAAAACAGGAGGACGUCAGAAGAUGAAACACUGUGCGUACAGACUUCACUGAGAAGUCGUCGUUUGGGGUCAGUAACAUUUUUAUAUAUCGAGAAUGAGCGUGAAAGGUGCAGCACAGUGAAAACGAUGUUUUACUCCUGCACAGAGCUCACUGGUUUGUCUGGACUCGUUUGCAUGAUUCCACGUUUUCAGUUCUGAAUAAAGCCAAACGGGUCAACGCAUCCAGAACCAAGCAAGAAUCUGACUGCUGAAAGAUCCCAUGCCUGAUCUUUAAUUUUGUACAUACAGGCUUUAAUGCAGGUGUUGUUAAGAGACGUCUCACUGGAAAUUAAACGGUUCGUUAAGCAAAGAGUCACCAAAUCUUGAGAAGGCCGUGUUCAAACUGCAGACAGACGAGCAAAGUUCAGAAAUUCCCAACAGACAAAACAAAUCUGGCAAAAUGCUAAAUUGGUUUGGACACAUUCAGGCCUAAAGUCUGCCUCAAUCUGUACAGUCUGCCAAGAGAUGUAAACCACCUCCAGAUGAUUUGCAUGUAGACCUGCAUUAAAGGAAUAAUCUGAGUUAUGUGUAGGUCAGUGUGUUAUCAAUAGUAGACCAGAGGAGCAGCGUGAAGCUAAACAACGUCCAGCUGUCGACAUGGGGGCAGCAACAAAACCCUUAGACCUCUGAAAGUGAACGCUCUGACCGUUGUCUGCUGAAGGUAACACACUGACCUCAUACCCAAACUUCUGGAUCCAGAUCACAUCUUUUCAUAGCACAUAUAGAGAGAACCAUUUGUACAUCUCCAUUAGUGACCAACACCAGAACCGUCAGUCCAGAGCUGCACGAUUGUGAACGAAGCCAUUGAGUGUGUCUGCGUUCUCGUGGUCUUACGGGAUGAUUGUAAACAGGAAUGUUUCUUUCUGGCCCUGAACGCUGCAUCGCUCCUCAAACACACUGAUCAGCAGUGUGAAGAAGAAGUUUCAUUUCUGUGUUUUAAAACCUGUUCGACCUAAAAGGCAAACGAGUCAGCGGCGUUUGGCUCAUCGGCACCAAACUUGAAGGUGACGAGAUGAAUGUCAGUCCGUGCCUCUUCUGGCAGAGAUGUCGUCUUUGUCCUCAGACUUCUGCCUUGUGAUUUCAGUUCAUUAGUGAUCAUCAGUGGUUGGUAUGUUGGUUUGUUCACUCUGCGGUCACGAGCUGGUAGGAUCCUCUUCCAGAAGAGCAGUUCAAACUUUGUUUGGUCCACAUGGAUCUCCAGUUGACUUUAGCUUUGACGUCUUCAUCUGUGCCUCCAUCAAAGUUACCUUGAAAAUGUUCUGAGACAAAUGAAUUCACUCGUCUCCCCUUCUUCACGUCCAACACAUUUCAACAGUCAUCCUUAUGACGUGUCAACUAAUGAACUGCGGGUCACAGCAGCAAUACGUCCGUCCAAACUGAAUGGACUCACCAUGAUCAGUGGAGUUGUUCACGUCAUUGGAGUCUAAGCAGAACAUCAGUCAUCACACCUGAGUCACAGGUACAAAAAACGAACCUGUGACGAACCUCAGAGCUGGUUUCACGUUUAGCUUUACAGAUUCAGUCCACCGGGCACAGCUUCGACACGCUCCAACUGCGACUCCAACAAAGUCAGACACGGAAACGGCAUAGAGAAUUUUCAAAAUAAAACACCCUGUGCAGACUCCAGAUCAGAGAAACUAUUUAACUACGUAGCAUAUUUACUCAUGGUAGAAGCACACAAACUUCCAUGGAGAUCGAAUCCGUGCCCAGUGGAAUCAAACUGUGCAAAGAGCUGAGACCAUGACAACAGAGGGUGAUAAGCUGAGUCAAAGUACAUACUUGAAGCUUAAAUAUGAGGAUCCUCUCCGACUGACACCAGAACAAGUGAAAUGAUCUGAAGUCCACUUCACUUCAAUGUAAUCAGCGUUUUCUCGAAACUCUACGUUCGUGAGCGCUCCCAGAAAACUGUUCGCACUCCAACAUCAGAAUCAUUUGAAUCACACAGAACAGAACGUGUUCUUUGGUAUGAAAAUUUCUGCCACUUCACUUAGAGUAUCAUCUGCAAACAUGAUGAUCGCAUCUGUCUGCAGCACCGUGACGUCUGAUGCUUUGUUUAAAGAUAAUCUGAGAUGUUCGUCUUGACCUUGGUAUCUUGUGUAUCCUGUGUAGCUGUGUUAUAACCUAGCGUCAUAAUAUGCAAUUAUUGCCAUGUAUGCUGUUUGUACUGAGAGGCUGGCUGCUGUUUGUGUCCCAUGAGCACCGCCGGUAUCGACACUGAUGCACUUUGGUCCUCUGUCGUCUCUGCAUGACGCUGUGUCUUU